AUGCCUCGAAUCUGUCAUGCUCUCUUGACAGAAUUCUCGGCGCCGGAAAGUUGGGACGGCAGAGCGGCUGACUUGCCCGCUGCUCCGCUUGAACAUGCGUCAUUCCUCGCCUUUGAUGAAGAGCCACUUCGUCUUCUGCUGGCGGUGAGACGCAGACUCGACGUUGGCUACGUUCGCUUGAAGCGGGGACAAAUGGGAGACGAACACUCAUGGCCUGAGUUUGACUAA